GUGCAGAAGGUGUGGCCAUGGCUGUUCAUUACAUGGACGAAUGGUCAGAAACAGGGAGAGGGGGACAGACAGGAAUAAAGCGCUACGGGAAUCCCAACAUAGUGGCAAACCAAGUGUGUGAGCAUUUUUGGCUGUAUUUUGGACAUUUCGAAAGCUUGUUUCUUGAAAAACCUGAGUACUUCUGGUUCCCCAGUCUAUGUCCCCAGGCAGUGUCAGCAUGAAUGAUAAUCAGUCCCAGGCCAGUUGUCCCACUUAUAACAACUUAGGCUUUCAGCAUGAGGAAGGGAGACCUCCAUCAGAAGCCCCCGUACAGGGUCUUUACCCUUACCUUCCACAAGAGAUCCCCAGCUAUGUCGCUGUUUCUCCCAAAACCAUCAACACCUACCACACUGCCCCCCCUGCAGCAGCACCUGACCCCAUACCGAAGAAAGGACGAAAGAAGUGUCCCUGGAGUCGGGUUCUGUGUGGCUGUCUGUGUGUGCUCCUCAUCCUGGCUGUUGCUGGCGUCCUGCUCUGGUACUUCUUAUACUUCCAGUGUUUACUGGGGAAGUCCUGCAGAAGUGGUGGAAAGUGUUUGAGCCCAUCCCAGUGGUGUGAUGGUGUAAAGGACUGUUCUCAUGGAGAGGAUGAGUCUCACUGCUUUCGUCUCCACGGGACUAACUCCCUGUUGCAGGGUUACUCCUCUGAGAGCCGCACGUGGAUGCCGGUGUGUGCUCAAUCCUGGGACGACAACUAUGGCAGAGCAGCGUGUGAGCAGAUUGGCUACAAAAGGCAGGACUAUGUGUCCUACACUAAAACCAGUGCAGGUUCUCUGUCCUCCAGAGGAUACAUGAAGCUGCGGUCUGGCAGUACAUAUGGAGCACCUAUACACUCACAGCUGACUAUCAGCUCAUAUUGCACAGCUAGAGCAGUCAAACUUCGAUGCAUUGAGUGUGGAGUGAGUUCCGCAGACCCCAGAGCUCGUAUUGUGGGGGGGACAGAGGCCGUGAACGGGGCCUGGCCGUGGCAGGUCAGUCUGCAAAUCAAUGGUCAUCACGUCUGUGGAGGCUCCAUCAUCAGUCCGUACUGGAUCCUCUCUGCUGCUCAUUGCUUCCAAGAGUACUCCAAUCCCAGGACAUGGUUGGUGUACACUGGUGAUGUCAGCCUGUUUCAGAUGCACUUUGGCUCUGGCAAAACAGUAGAAAAAAUUAUAAGCCAUGAGAAAUUCGACACCAAAUCUAAUGACAAUGACAUUGCACUGCUAAAGCUAGAUAGACCUCUGACUUUUACAAGAAACGUGAAGCCAGUGUGCCUCCCCAAUGUUGGCAUGGACCUCUCUGAACAUCAGGCCUGGAUCACAGGGUGGGGAGCCUUGCAAUCAUCUGGGUCAUCCCCUGACAGACUGAAUCAGGCCCAGAUCUCCAUCUACAACAGAGAUACCUGUAACAGCCCUCAGGUGUUGGAUGGACAAGUCACUGAAACCAUGAUCUGUGCGGGAAAACUGCAGGGAGGAGUGGACACAUGUCAGGGGGACAGUGGGGGGCCACUAGUGGUCAAGGAAGCCAAUGUAUGGUGGCUGGCAGGGGACACAAGCUGGGGGAUUGGAUGUGCCUGGAGGAACAAACCGGGAGUCUACGGAAACGUUUCCUACUUCAUCGACUGGGUAUAUAAACACAUGCAGAAUGAGUGACUGAUUUCUCUGAAGAGGAGCUUCUGUCAUUAAUCAACGUUACUUACUUCAUCACAUACUUUGCACUUUAAAUCGGAAAGGACUUAUUGAUCAGGAAGAUUUCUGUUAUACUAAACCGAAGGAGAAAUUGGACGUUUGCAUUUAGACAAAAAUCGAAUAUUUAUGUGUAGUAAUAAAACACAUUUUGUGGAAAGAG